CUUCCAGUGUUUCGCAAUGAAAAACCCCAUUCCCUUGCCGGGGAAGCGCGAAGUACGCAACAUAUGGGCAUGGGCUCGUUCUCUAGCCCCUUCUCAGCGCUACGAUGGGGCAGCAGAUAGUGAUCCACACGAUACCGGGCUCCUCGUACUUCCCAGCCAACAGUCGCUGUCUUCCGUCUCGAAAACCAUGACAAAAGAGCGGACCGUCCAAGAUCAGACUCUUGUCACUCCUAUACUAGGUGAAGCAACAGCUACUACCGACGAACACAGAGAUAUUCCAGCACAUGUUUUGGAAAAAAACAAAUCAAGUCCCUCCUGGGUUAAAGGUGUAUACCUCUGUGGAUACGCGACUGCCGGCCUCCUACUAUCAAAUGUCAUAUUUGUUUCCGCGGCUGGCGGAUUAUCGUCCAAAUUCCCGGGAACAGGGGGAUCCUCGAAUUUAAAAAUGAUAUAUGACGGUUCUUGUGACGUGGCAGGUCGGUGGAACACAGGUCUCCACAUCAUAAUCAACAUUAUCAGCACCUGCACUCUUGCAACGAGCAAUUACUGCAUGCAGACUCUUGUCGCCCCAACAAGAGAUGAAAUUAACAUUGCCCACGCAAAACGUCGCUGGCUUGACGUUGGAGGUUCUAGUUUUAGAAACCUCUUCGCUAUACCGUAUGCCCGACUCGGUCUAUGGAUAGUCUUGCUACUUACUGCCACGCCGUUUCAUCUAAUUUAUAACUCACUCGUGUUUAAGAGCCUAAGUUACAAUAAUUACUGGUCCUUCGUCGCUCCACAUGAUUUUACGCUUGAAGACGUGCGAAAUCUCACGACUCCCGCCUUACAGGAUUGUUUUGGGAUAGCUGCGGAGAGAAAAACGGGUGCAAGUUCAUUUUUAGAUGAAAGAAGAUUCGACUGGGACCAACAAAUUCUUCAGAUUGAAGGAUCAAAGAGUGAGAGGAUCUCCGCCGAGAAAUGCCACAAAAAAACAGAGACCAAUAGCCAAUCCGGCUACAAAGGGAUAAUUUUUCUGACGAGCAACCGAAGUAUGAGCGAUGGGGGAGCUGAGUCUGUCCUUAGAAUCGAGGGCGUGGUCGUCCCCGGCCAAGUUUGGGCCACUCCGUUUGUGAAUUCGGAUCCAAAAAACAUACAGGAUCAUGAAUGUAUACCCCACGAUAAUUCCUUUGCCUUAAACGACACAAUUCACGUAACAGAGUGCCUGGCAUUCGAGGGGAAAAGCAAUUGCCAUCUGUUUUACAGCCCUGUUAUUGCUGCUAUCGUUAUUGUUGCUACCUUCGUCAAAGUUAUUGCGAUCUUCUUGGCCGCCCGAAUUCAUAAAUCUCGAUCAAGCCCUCUCCUCACCACAGGUGAUGCGAUAGUUUCGUUCCUGGAGGACCCAGAUGAGACUACGAAAGGCAUGUGUUGGGCAUCGCUGGACAGCAUCAAAAAGAGGAACUGGAUAACAUGUCCGAAAGGACAGGAACCACAACGGCAGUCCGUGAGAUAUCAACGUCUCACCAGGCCUCAGCAAUGGAGAAGAGCAUCUAGUCCAAUGCAUUGGUUUCUAACUGUGUUGAUCGUCCUUACCUGCAUGGUGGCUGCUACUGUCAUACCACUCCCGGUCUUUGGUAUAAACCCAGGCGGUAGCUUAAUGACCGAUCAACUUACAUGGCAAGCGAUAUGGGACUUAGAUUCCAUGGCAAGACAACGUGCUGGUACUCUUCAAAACUCUCCAGAACUGCAAGGUGUGGUGAUUGCGAAUAGCGCCCAAUUGGUAGUCACGCUCUGCUAUUAUUUCUAUAAUAGUCUUCUUACAAAGAUGCUAUUGAGUGCGGAGUACAGCUCUUAUGGGGUUAACAGGAAGCCACUUCGCGUCACUUGGCCUGUUGAGGGUAGCAAGCAGCGUUCAACCUAUUGGCUAUCUAUCCCAUAUCGUUACGGACUUCCAGCGAUGGCCCUGUUCACAAUACUCCAUUGGCUUGUCUCGCAGGGGAUCUAUUUUGUUCUGGCUUUUCCUUACGAUACAGACGGCAAUCUACUGUACGCACAGAAGGAAAGCGCACCAGCGAUCUCAUAUAUGCCUUUAAUAUGCGCUGGUGCCCUUCUCGGUGUCCUGGGUAUCAUGAUUAUUGGUGUGUCAUUCCGGAGACUCAAGUCAGCAAUACCUCUCGCGGGAACUUGCAGUGCUGCUAUAAGCGCAGCCUGCCAUCUGCGCGAGAACGUUCGUACAGACACCGUGACGCACGGUGAGCUGAUGUGGGGAGAGACCGAUCUGCCAUGGUCAUUGGACAGCGGGGAUGAUGAUGACGAUGAAAGCGAUGGCCCAAAGGGACAUUGCAGUUUCACCCCAUCAGAAGCAAGGCAGCCUUCUUUGGACAAGUUAUACGCCUAGAUCACAGAGUAUCUUGCCCCUACGCUGAUAACAUACUCCUUUACUGAUGGAUUAGAUGACCCUUCAUCUAUUGUACAUUACUUAGUUACAAUACCUAAUUAAAUACCAUGCAAUAGUCAAUCAAAAGGGGGUUCUUUCAGGCAAUUUACUUGUCGUUCGCCAGAUCAGGUAUAUUGGUAGAUAGGCGACGUUGACAAAUAUAACUGAGCCUAAAAGGUCU